AUGACAUUCCGUUUGGCGUCCGCCCACCGAGUAUUCACCUACUCCUUUUCCCAUCCUUAUUCCAGACCCCACCCACAAAUAACUGUAAAGACAGCAGAGGAAAAUAGCAAAAAGGAAGAACAUCGAACAAACUUUUCUAUUUUCUACCAUGCUCCCAAAUGUCUUCGUUAUUAUUCACCCCAGUCCCCACACUUUCUCUCUAGUUCACUCUUGAACGGUUUUUUUUUUUUUUGUCUUUCUUUUUCUUAUAAGUUUCCUUCUUUAUUUUUCUCAUUUUCUCUUUCAAACCCUACUGACCAGCACAUCUCUCGGACAGCCGUCUAUCUUUUCCUCUGUCCAUCCAACCAUCUAUCUAUAUGUCCAUUCAGGCGUUGCUUUACUCUUCGCUUUUUCAAUGCAUUUUCAUUCUUUCUUUCUUUCUUUCUUUCUUUCUUUCUUUCUUUCCUUCGUUCGUUCGUUCUUUCUUUCUUUCUUUCUUUGUCUUUUCUUUCUUUCGUUCGUUUUGUCUUUCUUUCUUUCUUUCUUUCUUUCUUUCUUUCUUUCGUUCGUUCGUUCUUUCAUUCAUUAUUUCUUUCGUUCGGUCGGUCGUUCGUUUUUCUGUCCUUUCUUUUUUUCUUUCUUUCUUUUUUUCUUUCAUUCUUUCUUUCUUUCUUUCUUUCUUUCUUUCUUUCUUUCUUUCGGGAUGUAUUUUUUUCUUUCUUUCUUUCUUUCUUUCUUUCAUUUUACUACAUAUACUUUUUUCUUUCUCCCCUGCUAUCCCUUUACACUUUCUGUUCCUCUGUCCAGGCGGCUCGUCCCAGUGCAUCCAUCCUUACCCCAGAAAAGCCCCACCGUAACCCAAACGCCAUGGCCACUACCAUCAGCGACGCCAAUGCUGCCAGCAACGACGUCUCGUCCGUGGUGGCGUCAUACCGUCACCAACAUCACCAUGGCUACCCCGAUGCCGCUUCACAUCUCUUCCCCCCGUUCGCCGUCCCAUUACCGCCACUUCUCGCAUGUCCAGCGCCGCUGAUGCUACCGAUGUCUCUUCCCUGCCUACUCGAUUACUUUUACUUUCACUUUCAUUUUCGUGAUCGUUUUUAUUUCCUCCUUUUGUUCGUCCAUCCGUCCCCCUUCUCCCAUUUUGCUUCAGCCUUUUGCAACUUUUUUUUUUCCUGGGACCGGGAUGUAGAACCAGGAGCAACUGUCUUUUCUCAUCAUCCUAAAUGA